UGCGCAGAGCUCUCGAGCGCAUCCGCGAGCUAAGGGAGGCGAGAAGGAAAACACUGGUGGCUUUGGGGAGAGAGAGCGGAGAAGUUUCCAUUGUCGAGGGGACUCUACCUCUUCAAACGGCGUGUGAGCUUUUUCUAAGUCUUGUAUCAUCCGUCGGAUCGUUGUAGUUUGGGUGCAUCUCCGAUUUGUCCUUCUAAGCGGUCUGCUUUUAUAUGGCUGUAAUGAAGAUGAUGGAGGAAACGGUGACCACCUUUGAGACCCACCUCACUGCGGUGAUGGACAGUCUCAUCCGGGCAUCAGUGUGUGAAAUCACCAAACUCUUCCAAGACUCAGUGAACGACUACCUGGUGGAGUUAUCGCUAAACAGGAACGAGAAUGAGGCUCUGAAAUUGAGAUUAAAACUGACAGAGAACAAACUAAGAAAUGAGCGUAAAUAUGGGAUGAGCUGGGCUGCCCAUCGUCGCACCUCUGGGCUGGCAGCUGACGGAACUACUCGACAAAAACGAAAAACUGAACUAGCCAGAGGCAAGUCAAAAAGGGGCGUUGCAGCAGCCUAUGGCAAAAACUGGCCUGGAGGUGUGUGGGAGGCGGGCAGCAGUGGGGGAGGAAGCGGAGGUGCAGUGGUGAGAGCGGGGAACGAGGCCAGGGAGAUGUUCCUGGUGCAGCUCCCCGGAGAGGAAGAGGAAGGAGUCGUGCAGGAGGAGGAGGAGGAGGACGAAGGCAGCCUCAGCGGAGAGGGGGAGGAGACAGCUGACAUCAAAGGGGAGUUGGCUGCAGCAGAGGGUUUUCAGCCUGCCUCUAUUCGGCUUAUUAAAGAGGCUCUGAAAAUGGACCCACCCAAACAGAACCAUCACGCCUCCCAAUGUGAAGGAGAUGUGUCCAAUCGACCUUUGAACUCUGAACGCUCAAUGGGAGGGAUGACGGCAGAUGAGCUCAGAGGUUUGGAGUCUGCCCUGAGAGCUGAGAAGAGUCGUGAACAGGCUGCAAUGAAGCCCACUCACAUGAUUAGUCCUGACUCCAAACACAGCAGCGCAGCCCCCAAAUACAUUGGGUUAGACGGCCUCGAACAUGAGGAGGAGCUGGACCUCGAGCCGCCCACUCUUCAGAGAGAGGACCAGUUUGGGCAGAUUCGGGUGAAGGUGGAGCUCGGUGGUGGGGAAGCAGAGGCUGAGGAGGGGGCAUCUGGGUGGGUAAGAGAAGUCCACCCCACAGACGUUAUGGAUGAAGACAGUGAGAGUGAGCAGGGACAAUCAGAGCCUCCUCCGCACCUCUCUGCUCCUGCCAGUGUGGGCGAGUGUGUGGGCGCUGAAAGUGGAACGGGAGAUCUGCUUCACUUCUGUCCACAUUGUGGAGGCGGCUUUAACUCAGAACAUGAGCUGGAGGAACACCCCUGUCCACUAGGUGGCGCUCCUAUAGAAAGCCCCUCAGAUGAGCACUCUGGCUUCCAAUGUGCAUCGUGUGGAAACUCUUUUAACCAUGCCUGGGCCCUAAAGACACAUGAAUGUUCCCAAGCUACAGAUCGCCCUCAUGCCUGUGAGAUCUGUGGGAAACGCUUCACACACUCGCGCUCUCUAGAGCGCCACCAUCUGGUACACACAGGGGAGCGGCCUCACCGCUGCCCUCAGUGCGGACGCAGCUUCAGUCGCUUAGGAAAUUUGGAGCGCCACCAGCGCAUCCACACAGGCGAGCGGCCGUACGGGUGCGAAGCCUGUGGGAAGAAAUUCAGUCGUGUGGAGUAUUUAAAAAGGCAUCAGCUCAUUCACAGCAACGAGAGGCCUACACUCCAGUGCUCAACCUGUGGACGAGGGUUUGGUGAUGUGGAGGAACUGAAAAACCACCAGUGUUUUUAGACAAAAAUGUUAAGAACUUAAACUCAUGUGAUAGUUGAGGUAGUUUAUGAAUGUGACAAAAAUGUGAUGUAUAUUACAACACCAUAAUAGUUCACAUACAUAGAUAAUGGAGUAUCUCCUUUGGUAGAGAAUCAGAAUUGGUAUUUUGUUUUGCUAUGCUUUUUCAACUGUGCUUUUGUAAGAAGAAUUUUAUAGUUUACCCAUAACUAGAGUUGGUCUGGUUUUUAAAGUAGCACAUAAUGCUAUGGUAAACUCAAUAACCAAACAUCAGAUUUUUUUCUAGUCCUAGUUUUUCUGUUGUGAUUUUUUUUUUUUAAUAAUUGUGAAAACAGUUUGUUGUUUGUUCAUUUCAGAUUGUACAAACAUAACUACAAACCUUUGGGAGGACACAUUACUGUUCUCACUCUUAUCUGAGUGUUGGCUAAACUUUAGUGUUAUGUUAAACAUUUUCCAAUAUGCACUCGGUUGUACCAUUUUUAUUCAUUGUUUUAUUUUCUAUACAAAUUAUACCUUUUUCUGGAAGCUGGUCAAGGUGUGAUAUGGACUAAUAAAUUUGACGUAAUUAU